GAGCCCCUCCUUCUUUUAGCAGCAGAAGCAGCAAUGGCGACAGGUCUACUUCAAAGUGCUAUAGCUAGUAGGUCUUCAGGAGGAGGCGGUGAUGAUUCCAUCUGUUCAAGGAGCUCUGACAAGUGUGAUCUCAACAUCACCUCGGUGGACCAGACACAGAAGCUCUUGCGUCUGCUUGGCAGUCUGGCCGUGCCUGACCCUCGGAGGGAGGAGGGGGAGUGGGCCAGCCUCUUCUCCCUCGAGUCCCUACGCCUCUCACUGCCGCAGAUCAUCCAGGACUGCAGACCAGCUAACAAGGGGUCUUUGUUUGAGGAGUUCCCAUUCUGUAAUCACCUCUCAGUGUUCGGCACCUUUGUCAAACACCCCCCACCAAGUCCAUCCAGACCCAAACUUCACGUGAACCUCACUACCCUCUCACUCAAGAAGAGAUACUUGAAGCUUCUCGUGAGAUUCUACAAGAGUCGAAUCCAGUGGUUGUCCGAAGACAGCAGACGAUCGUUUGGUGUUGUCAAAGGCAAGAGAGUGGUUGUUCUAGUGGAGGAUUCUGCUCAGCUGGGGGUCCUGGACGCUGGCCGGGGGGUAGAGAGACUGAGAGAUACCCUGAGGUUGCUGGUGGAGGAGCAGUUGCAGGGAAAAGAGUGUGUGUAUUUAAUCAAGUUUGGGAGUAGAGCUAGUCCCAGUAGACCACACCCACUUCCCUUCCUAGUCAAGAGGACACAGUGCAAGGCAUUUGCGGACCAGUGGGUGGGGCUCUUGGAGGGGGAGGGGGGCUGCAAUCUGUUGGAUGCCCUCAGGGCAGCACUGCGUCUGUCUCCCAUGGACACAGUGUGUGUGGUACUGCAAACACAACCGGACCAGGACCUGGGGCUGGUGAGGGACUAUCUAGUGGACAAUCUGACGGGAGAGGCUGCACCACGACUACACUUUGUCAGCCACCACAGUUGCCAGGAGUUACGGACUGAGCUGGCAGAGUUGGCAUCAGCCACUAACGGACACUUCCACAGCGUGUGUCUGGAGGCAGGAAAUAACGAGGAGAUGACAUAUAUGGUUGAGGACAGUGAUAUAGAGUCCAUACGACAGCAGAUCAGUCUUACCCAGAGCACACUAGCGGACGUGGGGAGGCUGAAGUACGGUCCCCUAGAUGACCCCACACUGACCGUACUCAGAGAGCUCUCUCUCACAACUGAGUGGGCGGAGGAUGACACCUUCACCACCCUGCCACGCCCCUCUGAAGACCACACCCACACAAUGGACACCCGACAAUGGCUACAAACACACAGUGUUGAGAGUGUAGGGUUGGGUCUGUACAAGUUCCUGGCACCCAACGCUUACCCACAACUGUCUGAGCAUGUGCAGAUCAUCGACCGCAUGGCAGUGUCACACGUCUACGAUGUGAUGCCAAUAUUCACUUGGGAUGAUGGCUCCAUUGUCUACCUACAUAUCGACGUCCACGGCUUUCAUGAGUAUCUCCACACCCUCACCGCCCACCUCACACGCACUCUGACCCCUCGUCUCCAAUGGCUUCUCUCUGGUAGCAGUGUCCCCUUUGGUGUACUGACAGAGCCGAGGGUGGUCCUUGUUUUAGACUCCUCCCACUGUGUGCUAGCGGAGGUACUCACACUGCAGGCUCACCUCAGACUAUUGCUGGAGGAGCAGCUCUCUCGUGUAAAGGAGUUCAAUAUGAUCAGUUUUGGAACCGAUUGCUCUGUGCUGAGUCAGCAAUUUUGUGAGCCCUCAAGAGAGACGCUACUACAAGCAUGGGAGUGGAUCCUGGCUAUGAGUCCGUCCGGAUCAUGUGAUCUCCUGUCAGCCCUCAGAGCUGUGUUUGAGGGUGGUGCUCUACUCAACACUGAGCAAGAUGCUGAUGAUCCUGUUGGUGUGUACCUAGUAGUCACCUCAAUGCCAGAUCAGCAUCUGGAGAGUGUCUGCGGUUAUAUAGAGCAGAUGAUUGCCGGUCGAGCCAUCACUCUUCACACUGUUUACUACAAUAUGGAGUUCUCUGCUGGGGGUCUGGUGAUGCCAGAAAGAGAGGGGGCGGAGUUCUCUGCUGGGGGUAUGGUGGUCCCGGGAAAAGAGGGGGUGGAGUUCUCUGCUGGGGGUCUGGUGAUGCCGGGAAGAGAGGGGGGACGAUACGGAAAUGAGGCGGAGACAGAGGACUUUCUCAGGGCAGUCGCUAAGAGUGGGCGGGGCAGGUUCCAUCAAUUCAGGAUAUCAGGUGACUGUGAUGGUGACGAUAGUGAAUUAUUGUUAGAAGAGAUCCGAUUGGCCCAUUCUCAUCACACCACUGCCGAGACAAUACUCAAUGAUUACCGAGACUUCUGUAGAAGAAAUGUUCCCCCUCCCCCUCCACUCGUCUCUGCUGGGGGUCCUGAACAAAGACACCCUCCACCCCCCACACAGCCUCGUCAGACAGCAGCCUCACUCGCUAGACUGAACACUGGUAUAAAGAAGGCAGCCUCCCACCAGCCUCCUCCACGUGUGAAGGGCAAGGGAGGGAGACUGCUCCUCAAGUCUCAGCUCCUGUACACAGGCCACCGCAACCAGAAAGUGAUGUCAUUGGACCUCCAGUCUACAAAGUCAGAUUGUAUCAAGAAGAGAAAACCACUUAUUCCAACCAAGGAGGCUUUUAUCUCUUCCAAAGAUUGGCUAUUGAGGUACAGUGUGGAGAAAUUGGAUCUCUCUUUCAGUCGGCUCUUACCAACCACCAAGCGCAGCCGUCACUCUAGUAGACCUGGCACACCGUCUGAGUCAGUGACACACAAACACAUCAACCAACAGGGCAAGAUGGUGGAACUGAUGGUGGAUCACACCGAACUGAAGACCUACGUCACCUCUCUUCAGAGUGUACUGCAAAGAUACCACUCGAGAUUGAGCUGGCUUCAGAAAGAUAGCCACAAGUGUUUUGGAGUAGUGACUGAAAAGGAUGCUGUGUUCCUAUUGGACGUUUCUAUCUCUAUGGCAACACAUCUAGACAGUAUCAAGGAUGGGCUUAGUCGCUGUCUUAGAGAACUUCCUCCAAAACUGAAGAGAUUCAAUAUAAUAGCAUACUCCUCUCAAGUUAUCGCCUGGCGUGAGACGCUAGUCCCUGUAUCCAUGGAAACCAUUACCGAGGCACUUGAUUGGACGAACACUCUCAAAGCUCAGGGAGGUAGCUGCUUACUGGAGGCCAUAAAGGUGGCCCUGGCGUUUGGAGCAGCUGCAGGGGGCGUGUACCUACUUACUGAUGGAGCGUCCAAUCACACGCAAGAAUACCUGCUGAGUCAGCUCCCAAUGUUACAGAGGAUGUACGGAGACACAUGCAGAGUGAACACUGUCACCCUAUCCAGUGCUGACAGUGAGGAUCGAUGCUUUCUAACGCAGUUGGCCCAUCGCACUGGGGGGAGGUUCCACGUUGCCAUGGCUACAGAGACAAGUCCGCUCACUGGAGACGACAUACACAUCCUCAAUAAAGAGAUCAUCAGAGCUCAGGAAUAUCUGGCCAGAGCCAAAAUAUUGCUAUAAUAAACUCAUAAUAAUGUCAUAAGAAUUAUCAUCCUUCAACAGCAGUAAAAUUCACCUCUCACAAUAAUAACUUUUUUUAUAACAAUAAUUUUGUCAGCAAAAAUUAACGUGCAUCUUUGUUUGUUAUUAAUAAACUGA